UUCAAACCGGGUUGUUUUCAAGAUGGCGGCCGCCGCGGGCACCUGGAGCUGGUUUGUUCCGUUAGCAGCGGGAGUUUCUCUCUUUAAAUGUCUCUUCAUCAACUCUUAUCACUCCACAGACUUCGAGGUCCACAGGAACUGGUUGGCCAUCACACACAGCCUGCCCGUGUCCAGGUGGUACCAUGAGAACCGGUCUGAGUGGACUCUGGACUACCCSCCUCUGUUCGCCUGGUUCCAGUUCAGCCUGUCUCAGGUGGCCCAGCACUUCGACAGGAACCUGCUGCAGGUGCAGAACCUGAACUACUGCAGCCGGUCCACGGUCCUGUUCCAGAGACUGUCUGUGGUCUUCACGGACCUGGUUUUUAUCUACGCUGUCAGACAGUGUUGCAGRUGUGUUGAGGAGCAGAGGAGCUGUCGGGACAUCUGGACCCGCCCGUCCUUCGUCCUGGCCGUGCUGCUGCUGUGGAACUUUGGUCUGUUCAUCGUGGACCACAUUCAUUUUCAGUACAACGGCUUCCUGUUUGGCUUCCUGCUGCUGUCUGUGGCCAAACACCUGCAGUCCUGCCACCUGCAGGGGGCGCUGCUGUUCACCGUCCUGCUCAACCUGAAGCACAUCUUCCUGUACGUGGCGCCGGCGUACGGAGUCUACCUGCUGAGGAGCUACUGCUUCACCCAGGACAACACCGACGGCUCCAUCAGGUGGAGGAGUUUCAGUCCGGUCCGGCUCCUGGUUCUGGGCAGCAUCGUCACGUCGGUCUUCACUCUGUCCUUCGGUCCGUUUGUUGUCAUGGGCCAGCUGCCUCAGGUUCUGACCCGGCUCUUCCCCUUCAAACGGGGUCUGUGCCACGCCUACUGGGCCCCCAACAUCUGGGCCCUGUACAACAUCCUGGAUAAAGUUCUGGCUCACCUGGGCGUCAGUCUGCAGCUGCUGCAGGAGGCGGAGCUUCCUGCAGCCUCCAUGACGGGCGGUCUGGUCCAGGAGUUCCAGCACUCGGUCCUGCCCUCCAUCUCUCCCUCCGUCACACUCGUCUGCACACUUCUGUCCAUCCUGCCGGCGGCCGCCUCCAUCUGGUGGCGUCCCCGAGGUGGGCGGGGCUUCCUGCGCUGCCUGCUGCUCUGUGCUCUGGGCUCCUUCAUGUUCGGAUGGCACGUCCACGAGAAGGCCAUCCUCCUCGCCAUCCUGCCGCUCAGCAUCCUGGCGGUGGAGAACAGAGAGGAUGCUGGGAUAUUCCUGCUGCUGAGCACCACGGGUCACUACUCCCUGUUCCCUCUGCUCUUCACUCCUGCAGAGCUGCUGAUCAAAGUGUGUUUGAUGCUGAUGUUCACCAUCUUCUCCUUCACUGCUCUCAGGAAGCUCCACAG